GAUACGAAUGAAAUGAGCCAUUCGGUCUUGUGACAAUGGUUGGUUAGCCACGCAUUCUGGAGCUCGUCAACAGCUCACUUCAGAAGAUGGCCAAAACGGCAUGGCCGGGCACACUGGUCCUCGUCGCCGGCGUCCUCCUGUGCGCGGCCGUCGAGGUGGCGGUGGGGGCGAAGCGGGUGUCCAUCUCCGACGACCUGCGCGACGUGGUGGACGACGAGGAGGACGACGAGUGGCGCCACUGGGGCGCGGCGGCGCCCGCGCGGGACGACGGCCCGCCGCCGGACCUGUCACGCAUGGAUCCGGCCGCCCUCCAGGCCGAGCUCCUCCGCCGCCACGCCGGUCCCUCGUUCGGCUUCGUCAAGCUCCGCCUCGGCGUUCGCCGCUCCCAGGAUGAGGUGUUUGGAAUCGCGACGAGGUGGACUAAUGUGCUGCGUACUGGAUCGGUGGCAGCCAAGUUCGUGGCCGUCGAUUUCGGCACACUCAUGUUCACCAUGGACAGAGGGCAAGACAUUGCAGAGUUGAAAGAGUUUAUUUUGAGCCAGCCAGAGGCUUACGAGUUCAAGAUUGGGGAUCAAGUUUUCCGAAGGCCAGGAGACCCACCCCUUGAUCAAGUUGUCGAGAUGCUGCAGAAACAGAAGAGCCAAGAUUCUGACUCGCGUCCGUACAAGUCUAGAGUUGAGCUAUAGAUUUACUCAUCAGAAUCACUGUUGCUUUUCUUGUUGAUGGUCUUUGCUAUUUCUUUUUCCUGAGAAGAGAACAGGCAACAAGUCUUUGGCAGAAUGGUUUUUUCAUCUCCUUUCCGGUCCCGGGAUUGCUGUGGUGUUGAGUCACUGAAUGCCGUGUUACCGUGACGAUGUUUAUGAACGAUUACCAGCAUAAGUACCCAUUGUUUCUGCAGUUCUUGGUGGCACACUACAAUUCUUCUUCUUUGAGAGGAAUGCACUAUAUAAUCCAGAUGUUACUUGAGAAUUAAAUUCAGUAGAUUAUCCCGUCGCAUUUUG